AUGCUCCAACUAUUGGGCAUCAUAGCUAUUAUUAUCCACGACGUUAUGACUCCCCAUCCCCGUCCCCGCGUAUUAUAUUGGGGAAAAUUGGAGUCAGCUGAAAAGCUCAGAGCCGAUUCUGAGAAACUCGCGCAUUUUCAUGCCACGAAUCUUAUUAAUUGGAGCAUGCCGCAGUUUAGAUCACAGGGCACGCAGACAGACGAUGGGUGGGAGAUACAUGUCCCGCACAUUCAAGUCAAGACUGUAGUUCAAAGUAAAGACAAAGGCAAAGAGGCGAAACGGCCCAAGCAUCCGAAAGUCAUUGGCACAUCCAUUAUACGAUUACCGAAAUUUACCAAAGGACUGGGAAGAGUAGUUCAACCAGUGAAGCCAUCAGCAGAGACUAAAGGUAAGGGGAAAGUAGUUGAAUCAUCAGAGCCAUCGGAUGCCAAAGGAAAAGGAAAAGCAGUUGAACCACCAGAGCCACCAGAUGCUAAAGGCAAAGGGAAAGCAGUUGAACCAUCAGAGCCACUAGAUGCCAAAGUGAAAGACAAAGCGGUCCAGACGACGGUGCUGCCAGAUGAUAAACGAAAAAGCAAAGUAGUUGAACCAUCAGAGCCACCGGAUGCCAAAGGCAAAGGAAAACCAGUUGAACCAUCAGAGCCACUAGUUGCCAAAGGCAAAGGGAAGCCACAUGAACCAUCUAAGCCACCAGAUGACAAAGGCAAAGAGAAAGCAGAUGAACUACCAGAGCCACCGGAUGCCAAGAGCAAAGGGAAAGCAGAUGAACUAUCAGAGCCAGCCGAUGCCAAAGGCGAAGACAAAGCGGUCCAAAUGACAGAGCUGCCACAUCGCAAGUAUAUAGACAAAGCAGUUCAAACUCUGGAUACAAAAACCAAGGCAGUCCAAACGACGGCGCUGCCAGAUAUCGAGUACAAAGACAAAGCAGUUCAGACGCCAGAUAACAUAAGCGAGGACAGAUCAGCUGAACCACCAGGACUGCCGGUUAACAAAGAUAAGGGCAAAGCUGUUGAAUCAUUAGGGCCUUCCGAUGAAAAGGGGGAAGGCAAAUCUGCUGAACCGCUAGGGCCGCCCGAUGACAAGGGAGAAGGCAAAGCUGUUGAAUCACUAGGCUCGCCCGAUGAAAAAGGGGAAGGCAAAGCUGUUGAACCGCUGGGGUCGCCCGAUGACAAAGGGGAAAGCAAAGCUGCUGAACCGUUAGGGCCGCCAGAUGAUCAAGGGAAAGGCACGGCUGCUGAACCUCCAGAAUUGCUAGAUGACAAGGGAAAAGGUAAAGCAGUCGAACAACCAGAGCCACUAGAUGGAAAGAGCAAGGAUGAAGCAGUUGAACAACCAGAGCUGCCAGAUAGAAAGGGCAAGGGCAAAGCCAACGAGGGACAUGCAUCUGCAUCAGACGAGAUCAGGCAGGCGAUCAAGUUGCUCACCGAUGAGCACAAGGCUACUGUCUCGGCAUUGAGGUUCUCUUACCAGGAAGCUUUGGAUAAGGGAAUUACCGAUGCUAGCACGUCACAUUGGGAGGAACUUAAGGCCCUCGCUUACAAGUACGAUGAGGCGCGAGGAAAUAUGCAGAAGGCGCUCGAUGCUGCAGGCAAACAACCACAGUCUCCAGAUGCCAACGGCAAAGGAAAAGCUGUCGAGGGACAGAAGUCACAACAAGGUACGAUAACUGACCCACAGAGUGGGAUUUUAUUGACCUGGAAAGAUGCGUUAGCGCCUGGAAAUCAGACACCUCGUCAGAAAAGCAAAACUGCCCCCCAUAGAGGCAUUGGCAAAAGAACACGGCAAGAAGAAGAAGCCUUUCCACGAAUAUUUCCACGAUCACGUCCACAUAACUUCACCGGCACAUGGCGAGAAGAUCUGUCCCACCCAGGCUGGGGCCCGAUAGAAUGUGAAAAUUUUAAGGUCAUAUUCACCGCAAGUGCAUACAUGACUCCAUUCUGGGUACUCACUGUCCCUACAGCAUGUGAGCCGCUCGAGAGAUACCGUUGCCUAUGGAACGCGGGAAUCAGGCUCUACACCAAAUUCUUUGAAACCAUAUUUAAGGAGGAAAAGACGUUGCAAGUGGGGAUGCCGGGAAUGCUGCACUUUAUUGGGCUGUUCGAGGGGUUUGCCAAAACUGGCAUUUUACAGAGGAUGAUCCACGCGUCUAUGAGCAUAAUGACCCAGCUGAUGGACCCAAAACAGAAGAGCAAGUUCCCCAUAAAGAAUCUUUGGGAUGUGGGAAACCGAGUGGAAGAAAACAUCAAUCACUGGUUCAACAUAAACGUAAUAUUCCACACACGAAUGGUUUGGUAUAAGAGGUUUUUUGGCUUGUUAUCAGUCCAUGGCGACGCUCUACCAAUUCCACUUUCAAUGAUUGCGCCAUCGAGGGCUUUGCCAAAUUAA